AAUGAUUGCUGUACAAAAAUUUAAAGGUUUGGGACCUUUGCAGCAUGUUCGAUGGGGAUACAGUUGCAGUUCCAGUUUGCUGGCUUAAGCAUAAGCUGAAGCAAUUUUCCAUUGAGCAUUUUUCCGUUGCUCCAGGGGGUGGGACAACAGUAUCUCAGCGCAUGGUGGAGAUGUCAAGAGCGAGAAAUAAAUUAUUUCUUGAGCAUUAGCAGCUCGUAAUGGGAUGGUAUAGUUAUGAGCAGUUGAAGGAAGACGGCAGUAGAAUGGAAUUGUUUAUGUAUCGUCGAUGAUGUAUUUGUUUCCCA